GCUGCCACUAAAGCCAUGAUGAGCAUCAAUGGAGAUGAUGACAGUGCAGCAGCUCUGGGGCUGCUAUACGACUACUACAAGGUUCCCAAAGAGAAGAGAUGUGUCCCCAGCGGGGUUAAAAUCACAGAACCCUCUGCUCUCGGACCUGAUAACUGCAGAAGCUUGGAGAUGCUGGAUCACCAUCUUCACACCCUCAGAUCCAUGCCUGUCAACCUCUCCUUAAACAACUCAUCUACUACAGAGCACCAGGGCUCCAGGUACAGAGGAGAGAGUAAAGGUGGAGCACCAGCAGCAGCUCUUGCUCUGGUUAAGACAGAAGGCCAUACGCCCAUGCCGCUGUCCUGUUCUGGAGGUUCCCAUCGACAAGAAUCCAGAGAGCAGAUAAGGAUGGUUUAUGAACAGAGCCGCUAUGAUUUGUCCCUCGCUGGGUAUUUGAAAGAUGAACAGAGAAGCUCUCCAGACAGCAUUUACGAGGAUGCUGUGGAAGAAGAGAUGUAUCACAGAAGUAGAAGUCCUUCCUCAGGAGUCGAUGAAUCGCACUACAACCUGCCAGUUGAUAGUUUCCAGUACUGUCUGGAUGCCAGCAUGUCGCUGCGGCCACAACAAGGACAGGGACCGAUGGCGUAUUUGAACCGGGGCCAAUUCUACGCCCUGACCCUGUCGGAAAUCGGCUUCAGAUCAUCCCUGCGUCAGACCCGAGGCAAAGUGAGGGUGAGUGGACCGAAGUCGUCACAUGGGCCUGAUGGGAGCAAAUCCAAUAGUGAGCAGUGCACCAUGGAAGGCUCUGAACUACAGCGGGACAGUAUUGUACAGAGUGUCAUCAUGGUUGUCUUUGGAGAAGAUAAGUGCAGAGACGAGCAGCUGAAAAAUUGGAAAUACUGGCACUCCCACCAGCACACCGCCAAACAAAGAGUCCUGGAUAUUGCCGACUACAAGGAGAGCUUCACCACGAUCGGUAACGUGGAGGAAAUUGCCUACAACGCUGUCUCUUUCACAUGGGAUGUCAGUGAAGAAGCAAAGGUCUUUAUCUCUGUGAACUGUCUGAGCACAGACUUCUCCUCUCAGAAAGGCGUGAAGGGGAUGCCGCUGAUGAUCCAGAUCGACACCUACAGCUACAACAGCUGCAGCAGCAGGCCCAUCCACAGGGCCUACGCUCAGAUCAAGGUCUUCUGCGACAAGGGUGCUGAGAGGAAGCUUCGUGAUGAGGAGAAGAAGCAGCUCAGGAAGAGGAUGAAAGGGAAACAUGGCAGCUCAGGGCCGACCUCUCCCACGAAGAAGGAUGACAGCAGGCUGUUCAAGACCAUGACGGACCUGGACUCCCAGCCUGUCCUCUUCAUUCCUGACGUGCACUUUGGAAACCUGCAGAGAGCGGGCCAGGUGUUUGCUUUCAACACAGAGGAGGUGGACAGGGACGGGAGUGUUCUGAUGAAGAGGAUGUCAUGUGCUGCUGAGGAAGCCGUUUGUCCUCCUCAGCCCAAGAAGCCUAAAGUGGACCAGGAAAGAAAAGUUCUGCUGUAUGUGAGGAAGGAGAGCGACGAAGUGUUCGAUGCCUUGAUGCUGCGCUCCCCAACCCUCAGCGCCUUAACCGAGGCAAUCUCAGAGAAAUACUCAAUGCCUGGUGACAAGAUGGUCAAAAUCUACCAAAAAAGCAAGAAAGGGGUCCUGGUGAACAUGGACGACAACAUCAUCCAGCACUACUCCAACGAGGACACCUUCAUCCUGACUAUGGAGAACUCAGCGGAAUCCCUGCGCGUCACUCUUUCAGAGACGGUCGCGUAG